CUGAGCGAGAUAUAAACAUAUUUAAUUUACACAGAAUGAUAGUAAUCUUGAUUUUAAAUUCACGUGGAGAACUAUCCAACUAGAUAAAAGCUGCACCUCUGGCUCUGAAGUCAGUAGAAAACCUGAUACUCAUACCAGCAUGAAUUCAUUCAUAGGACUCCUGGCAGUCUGCACGUAUGUUGCAGCAGCACCCGCUCCAUAUCCUGCUGCGCAGCCAGGAGCUGCAGCCCAGCCUGCUCCCUACGCGAGUGCGCAGCCUGCGGGAUACCCAAGUGCCCAACCUAAUCCCUAUCCCUACGCGAAUGCCCAACCUAAUCCCAAUCCCUACGCGAGUGCCCAGCCUAAUCCCUAUUCCCAGCCCGCUCCAGCUCCAGUUUUUCCCACCGCAGUAGGCCCGAGCAGUGGUCCCAAGCCCGCGCCCACUGCCCAGCAGCGUUUCGCUCAAAGUGGACCAAAUGCUGCACCUAACCCCGAUCCUAGUUAUUGGUUGGGAGGACUGCCUAGUUACGGAUAUAACUCAUGUGGAUGUAAUGGAUACGGAUGCGGAAGUUGCUUAGGAUACGGAUACGGAGGAUGUGGAGGAUGUGGAGGAUGUGGAGGAUGUGGAGGAUGUGGAGGAUGUGGAGGAUGCGGAGGAUGUGGAGUAUGUGGAGGAUGCGGAUGCGGAAAUUACGGGUGUGGAUAUGCUUGUGGAUGCUCAACAGAUACUGGAAGCACUGUCUCCGUUUAAACUAUCCUCACGUUGUAGUUUAAUUGCAUACCUAGAUUUUAUAACUGAAUAAAACUCCAUAUUCUUUCCUUA